CAAUAUAAGACCAGAGGAGCCACAUUCACCUCACAGCUCAGAGCUUCUGUUGAUCUCAACAGGCUGCAGAGGACGAGUCAAACAUGAUGUACGGCCUGUCUUUAAGGGUGUCUUGGAUCUGUCUGCUGCUGUUCAGCAGUGGUGCUUGUUUUCCUGCAACAAAAGGAGACUACAGGUAUCCCUACACCUGGAGCUCUGGUGGUGGUUCAGCUCCUGGAUCGAACCUUCAGUCCGGAGGCUCACGCCCUCCUCUGGUGAACCUGCAGUAUCAACCAUCUGUUAGUUAUCAGCAGCCUCAGGCAGCCCCCCAGCAGGCCAGCUCUUCCACUGGAAACCAGUCCCCAUCCAGUGUGGGAGCUCCCAGUGCAUCUGCAGCCUCUUCACCAAGUUAUGAGCCCAACUGGUUUACUGUGAUGUAUGAUUCCAGCUCUAACAAACCCGCCAGUGCUCCUGAAGUUCCUUCUCAGGGUGUAGGGUACGUCAGCCCCAAUCGCCUUCCUCCACCUACCGACACUGGGAAGAAGACUCCCAGCUUCUCUGUGCAGCCUCAGUCUGCUGCUGCCACCAGUGGAAACAUCAACAUGGGCUCAGGUGGGGCGGCAUCUGGUCCAGUGUACGCUGCAGCUGGGAACCUUCAGUCUGGAGGCUCACGCCCUCCUCUGGUGAACCUGCAGUAUCAACCAUCUGUUAGUCAUCAGCAGCCUGGAGCAGCCCCCCAGCAGGCCAGCUCCUCCACUGGAAACCGGUCCCCAUCCAGUGUGGGAGCUCCCAGUGCAUCUGCAGCCUCUUCACCAAGUUAUGGGAAGAAGACUCCCAGCUUCUCUGUGCAGCCUCAGUCUGCUGCUGGCACCAGUGGAAACGUCAACAUGGGCUCAGGUGGGGCGGCAUCUGGUCCAGUGUACGGGGCUGCUCCAGCAUACCCUGCUGCUGGGUACAUGGACUUUGGUGACGGACCUGUUCCUUACAUCGGUGCUCCUGCAGCCUCCAGCUUUGCUGGCUUUUAUGCUUACGGUGCUCCUGCAGCCUCCAGCUCUGCCGGCUCUUAUGCUUACGGUGCUCCUGUAGCCUACAACUCAGGUGGUGGUGACUCUUCUCCUGGCCUUCCUUGGUCCAUGCAGCCUGCAGGGGGAGCCGACUCCUCAUUCUCUGACCCCAGCACCUGGAUGCCAUCUCGUGAUUUCCCAGACUUCAGUGUCUGGGACUCCAAUGCCGAGAUGCCGCAGAGCAUGAGCGAGACUUCCCCUCUGCCACCUUCAUCCUACAUCAUCCAGUCCAGAAAUGGCUACCAGCGAGCACAAGAGUUCCUUUCCCACACUAAAUACUCCCCAGAGUACCCUGAACCACCAGUCUUUGCUGCUGAGACUGAAGCACCAGGCAUGUCUCCACCAGAGGCUGGGCCCAAAGGAGGAAAGAAGGUUUAAAGAGGUCACCUUGCUGACUGAGCUUUAGCCUCUCUGGAACUGUACUAUACUUAGCUAAGUAUGCUAAAUUCAAAAUAAAAGAACUGAUGUGACC